GGAGCGUAGUACAAGUCACCAUGCCGCCGAAGACUCAGCAGAAGACCAAGGAGCAGAAGAUGGCCGCCGCCAUGGCCGGUGGCAAGGGCAAGGGCAAGAAGAAAUGGUCCAAGGGCAAGGUCCGCGAGAAAGUCGCCAACAAGGUUCUGUACGACCAGGAGACGUACGAGCGCCUGCUGGUGGAGGUCCCCAAGAUGAAGCUGAUCACCGCCUCGGCCAUCGUGGAGCGCCUCAAGGUGAACGCCGCGCUUGCCCGCGCCUCGAUCCACGAGCUGGAGGAGAACGGCACCAUCUCGAAGGUGCUGGCCCACCACGCUCAGCUCAUCUACACUCGCGCUGUUGCCGCCGAGGAGUAAGAAGUUGCUCAAGUUCGAUGAUGGCCGCCACAUUGAAAGCUCCGAUUGCCCGCCAACUGCCUCUUCUAGGGGGGAAACGUCGUUGAAGAAUGGAUCUACGCGAUUGCUGCUCGAUGGCGAGGACAGGCGAGCGGAGCAGGCACAAUGUGUCCCGUGUGGCGAAAACACCGCGCUCCUAGUAGUAGAGUGAGGACGUGGCUCCUUUGCCGUCUCCUGUCGUCGUGGUAACCCCGCAGCAAAAGAGCGAAAAUGGAACACGUCCCUCCCUGUUUAACUUACUGGUCCUCCUCU